UAGUCUGAUAAGACUCCUAAACACUUAUUUUAUAUUGUGUAGAACAAGAUUUGUUGCCAGAUUUAACGUAAGUUAAUCUGUGAUCCUACCCAACCGAAAGGGGGUGGAUUCAAAUUAAAUUGCUUAAAAUCCCUUAAAGAAAGGUGAAUCAUAAGCUAAUUUGCUAGUAAAUCCUUAAAAAGGUAAGCUUUGCGCCAAACUGCUUAUAAAUCCUCCAAGACAGGUAAAGCAUGCGCUAAAAUAGCUAAUAAAUCCUAAAACAAGGUGUAGCAUUUUUAACACUGAAAGAAAGUGUUUCUUUGAUAUCACAGAAAAGGGUGAAUCAUAAGCUAAAUUGCUUGUAAGUCCUUAAAAGGUAAGCUUUGCGCCAAACUGCUUAUAAAUCCUCAGAGACAGGUAAAGCAUGCGCUAAAAUAGCUGGUAAAUCCUAAACAAGGUGUAGCAUUUCUAACACUGAAAGAAAAGUGUUUCUUUGAUAUCACAGGUUUAAAGAUAACCAGUGACCCGUUUCUACACACAUAAAAAUAAGUCCUUACAAUAUGUAUAUGUAAAUAUACAAAUAUAGUGGGUACUGACUGGAUUGUGUUCUUUUGAAAUUUCUUCAUAACUUGUGUUUUUGUGCCAUCAGCUGAAAAUGGAUCCAAGCAUCCUCAAUUCUGGGCACAUAAUUGACUCCAUAGGAAUAGAGAAACAGAAACAAAUUGUUGCAAAGCUUAUCCACUUAUCUUCAGAAAAGCAGGAUAACCUAAACAAUUCUAACCUCAGCCUAUGUGAAGAAAAGAUUCAAGAAUUAAUGAACUUAAUUCAAAACCCAAAUGGAAACUUUCUGAUAACAGAUGUACUCUGUGAGCUCACGCUUCUUUAUCAGCUUAAAUACCAAAUAAAAGCUAAACAGUACUCUGAGUUAGAAGCCAAAUAUCAGAUGAUCUGCCACAGAGUAAGUGCUGCAAACAUUUUAUUGUCAGGAGCUGACAAGAUCAAAGACCCAUGUGGCCAGACUGACCAUGCCUCAGAACAAAUGGUGACCCCCCUCUCUGAGGACCUAUGCAAUAAACAAAGCAAGCAGACUUUGAAUCAGCAGGAGGUCACCCCAGUCAAAAGGAGAACAGUUCCUGAAGCAGAUACAAAGUCUCUAAACUCGGAGUUAACAAUAAAUAGAUCUGAAGAUGUUCAAAGUCAAAGUAGUGUCGCAGACAGAGAGAAACAAGUAGAUCACUUGGUAAACUCAAGCAGUUUAAAACUUUGCAAAGGACAGCCAUGCAAACCAAUCUCUGUCUCACUCUCCGCUGACCGAGCACCAAGUGCCAAAGUUCACACCUUGAAAAACUCUGAGGAGAACCAGUCUCCCUUGUGUCAUCAAAGGUUAGCUCAAAACCCCCCACCACUUAAUGAGCAGAACCAACUUCCUGACGGGCCAGGUCCACCGAGUGACCAUAGAAUUCAACAAAUUGAAUCCUUGGCCAAAGACAUUGAUAUUUUUGACCCAGAAAAUCAACACUCCAACAUAGCUGAUUAUCUGCAAGAAGUUGAGCACUGUCUAAAAGACUUGCCAUUUCCUUCUUCACAACUUGAGAAAUGAUGAAGGUUGAACAACAGCAUCAUGAAGGUGUUAGGAAAUUUUGUUUGGAAUGUAUAUAUUUGUGUAUCAGGGUCAGACUUUCCUGCCAGACCUGCUUCAACCAGAUGCAAAACCUCUGGAGAAAAUGAACUGUUUUAUGAUGAGAUAGGGUCAGCUUCUGCCAGACCUGCAACAAAUCCUCCAGGGACAAACACUU